AUGCAACUUCCCGAACUGUACCAAAAGCUUCAUUCAGCGCUCGGCGUUGACGGUGCACUCUCGCACUCAUACUGGAGAGAAACCACAUGUCUGCAACUUUGCAAACUGCAGCAAAGCAUUCUCAGAUGUACAUCUCUCUUUACUUUUUGGGGGAGAAACAAAGCAAAUUUAUCUAACGUCCUGCCUAGUCGUCGAGUCUUGCUAGACAUAGAAGGAUACACACUGGUCGACGGCCGUACAAGUGUCUGGAACCAACUUGUGAUCGAAGAGGCCGUUUCGCCAUCUGCGCAAUCAUGCGAAUCAGAGCUCUAUUCUCAACAGGCGCAGCAUCCGAUGUCGAUGAUGUCACAGUCGCCGCAGGUACCGCAGCACCAACUGCAAUCGCAACAGCCUCAGCCGCAGGAACAGCAGCUCCAGUCACAACCACAACAUUUACAAUCUCAGCCGCGGCCACAGCAACAUUCCCCUUACCAACAACAACACUCCCCCAUAAUAGCCGUGCCUGUGGCGGACUACUUCCACCACGCCCAAGCCCAACCAACAACUGUCCAUUCCAUCCCUAUCUCCGCAGAACAAUCUAUCCUUCCCCCACAAGUACACUAUGUCACAACGGGCAUGAUCCCAUCCCAGAUCCCCCGUUAUGACAUCCCGAUCACAACCUCAGCAUCCGUCUCCACACCAACAUCUAUGGAUCACCUCGCAUACAACCAUCCCGUUUCGGUAUCUAUGCCCCAGCAGCAGCGGAUCCAAGCACCGCAACCUGUACCAAUCCCGCAUCAGGCAGACGGGGGCUUCCAGGUUCUCCCUGUUGUUGCAGGAGGAGCUGGCGGACAGUACAUGAAGGAAUUCGAUCAAAUGAAGCAUGGCCAGCAAAGGUUCUUUGGAUCAGCAUACCCAGAACAGAUGAACUGGGAAUUUUUGGGCUUGAGUUAA